AGCAGUUCAGUCAGACUCGUGUUAGUGUGAGCAGGAACAGAACACUUGAGCAGAAAAUGGCAGAAGUCCCUCCAGCCGCUGCACCGGCCAAAGCCGCCAGGAAGAAGGUUUCCAAGCCGAAGGCAGCUGUCCCCAAAGUCAGCGAUCUCAUCGUUAAAGCUGUGGCCGCAUCCAAGGAGCGAAGCGGCGUGUCUCUGUCCGCCGUCAAGAAGGCUCUGGCUGCCGGAGGCUACGAUGUGGAGAAGAACAAUUCCCGCGUUAAGACCACCAUCAAGAGCCUGGUCGUUAAUGGGACACUGGUCCAGAUCAAGGGCAUCGGAGCGUCCGGAUCAUUCAAGAUGAGCAAGAAGGUUGCCGAGCCUAAGACCAAGAAGCCCGCAGCCAAGAAAGUCGCUCCUAAAGCCAAGAAGCCCGCAGCCAAGAAACCUGAAGCGGCCAAAAAGCCCGCGGCAGGAAAUAAGUCUCCCAAGAAGGCGAAGAAACCCGCAGCAGCCAUGAAAGCAGCCCCCAAGAAGGCCACCAAGAGCCCGAAGAAGGUCGCUAAAAGCCCCAAGAAGGUCGUUAAAAAGGCUGCAAAGAGCUCCAAGAAGGUGGUGAAAAAGGCCCCUGCAGUCAAGAAAUCCCCCGCAAAGGUCGCCAAACCCAAAGCGAAGAAGGCAGCACCCAAGAAGAAGUGAGCUGUCAUCAGACUGAUCUGACUAAGAUCCACAAAAGGCUCUUUUAAGAGCCACCCAUUUUGUCAUAAUGAGCAUAUUUCUUGUGUCAAUAACUGCAGUCAGAAUAAGAUGAGA